AUGGCCAUGUCUCUUGCAGGCUACGACGUGGAGUUUGGGUUUGCGGUGGCGGCAGCAGACCCGGAUGAGACGGAGCAGCCAAGUGAGGAUGAUUGGCGUACCUGCAUAGUCCAUGCGCUUCGAGCCUUGUCCAAGACGGACAGCUUGGUGAAAGAGGCUGCGCGACUCGGCGACCUGAACAAGGUGGCGGCAGCAGACCCGGAUGAGACGGAUAAGCCGGAGCAGCUGAGAGAGGAUGUGAGCGCCGAGGCCGACGUCGCGAGCCCUUCUUCGGAGGAGACCUCCUUCACUCCGCUGGUCGAGGAGCCUUCGACCGCCCCGAAGACCGCAAAGGCGAAGCAGAAGGUCAAGAAGGUUCGGGCGACAAAGCGCACAGCAACCGCCGACGGCGAGAAGGCCGAAGAGGAGGACAGCUUGGUUGAAGCUGCAGGACGUGGCGACCUGGAGAGGGUGCAGGAUUUCUUGGCGAAGUGCUACAAUCCCAAUCAGUUGGAGAGUGGCAAAGAGACUUCGUGUUUCGCACCAGAACCUUCUGCGAUUCGUCGGCUCGCUGAAGAGAGCCGACGAAAGGGGCGCGCCCGCACAGAUGGCAAAACGCCAGGGACCACGGCCCUCAUCGCAGCGGCUGUGUCAGGGCACAGCAAUGUUGCUUGGGAACUGCUACUGUUCAGAGCUGAUGUGAAUGCCACAGACUCCGACGGACUGACGGCCCUGUCGGCAGCCUCUUGCUCGACGGCUUGCGACAUCCACAUGUGGUUCCUUCUGCAUCGUGCAGCAAGUCAAACGCAAAACAACAUAAGUCAGAGUUCGAGCAAGGAGAACACAGGGUGCCUCAGCCGCAUGCUCUGGGACAGGAACCACGCGGAGGAAGAGACACGGAUCUUGCUCAUGCUCGUUACGCUGCUGCUUGGACAAGGGCCGGACUUCACGGAAAUGGUUGAUGGCUUGCUGAAAAAGGUAGACAUGGCAAAGCUUCGAUGGGAGAAAUUGACGGAACCCAUCCACACGGUCCUUUGCGAUUAUGCAUGGGAUAGGGAGCGUGUGCAACGCUUUGUCGAGAACGAAGAAAUGAAACUCUUUGUUGAGAAGGAUCAACUGAAGGCCGAGGAGGUUGAUGCUUUCGCUUUGAGGUGGCACAGCACUCAGAGACAACUCUUCGUUCUCCGGGAAGUGCAAGUAAGGUUGCACCGCAUACCACUCGCAGCACCUCUGGCGUGCACGCCCUCGGUGCUUCAGGCUUUGGAACAGACACAAAACGAAGAGACAUUACAAACAGAUGCCGUGGAAGUCAUCACCGCAGCGGCAUGGCUCCAGUUGCGGCUUCCCAUCGUGGUGGACAUCUGUCUGAACUGCGUGGCUGUGGGAUGUUUGUGUUUGGUGACUUUGGCUUGCCGUUACGGCGGCAUGCAUGCCCAGCUGGUGCCCCAGCAAGUUUGCCCAAGUUCACAGCUGCCUAUGAUUGUUAUUCCACCGAUCGCAGAACUUGCGCUAAAUGCAAGGGAGCUGACAGACCCACCUCUAGUAACUUUUCGGAGCACUACGCAGGUGUGCAGGAAACUAUAG